AUGAGAGCCUGUGUCCCCCUGAUAGUGGCUCUUCUCUGCGGCCUGGCCUGGGCUGGUAAAAUGGAAUCAUGUGCAUCUCGCUGUAACGAGAAAUUUAACCGGGAUGCUGCCUGCCAGUGUGACCGCCGGUGUCCCCGGCAUGGAGACUGCUGUGAAGACUAUGAACAUCUGUGUAUUGAGGACCCCAAAGAGACAGAGCUGGAGGAAGAGAUGGAAGAGGCCCCAGCCAGCAACUUGUACUCGGCCCCCACCUCCUGCCAGGGCCGCUGCCAUGAAGCCUUCGACAGGCACCACCCAUGCCACUGCAAUGACCGCUGCCGAGAGUUUGGGAACUGCUGCAAGGAUUUCGAGAGCCUGUGUAGCAACCACGAGGGCUUCUCCUAUAGCAGUGAUGCCAUAACCAAAGAGGAACUUCAGAGCAUCUCUGAGAAGAUCUACAGGGCAGACAUCAACAAGGCCCAGAAGGAAGACAUCAUUCUCAAUAGCCAAAACUGCAUCUCCCCCUCAGAGACCGGAGACCAAGUGGAUCGCUGCCCAGAGCCGCUCUUCACCUAUGUCAAUGAGAAGCUGUUCUCCAAGCCCACCUAUGCAGCCUUCAUCAACCUCCUCAACAAUUAUCAGCGGGCGACAGGCCACGGGGAGCACUUCAGCGCCCAGCAGCUGGCCGAGCAGGACACCUUCCUCGGAGAGAUCAUGAGGACGGCAGUCAUGAAGGAACUCUACAGCUUCCUCCAUCACCAGAACCGUUACAGCUCAGAACAAGAGUUCGUUGAUGACUUGAAGAACGUGUGGUUUGGGCUCUAUUCAAGAAGCAGUGAAGAGAGAGACUCGAGUGGAUUCGAACAUGUCUUCUCAGGUGAAGUAAAAAAAGGCAAGGUCACCGGCUUCCACAACUGGAUCCGCUUCUACCUGCAGGAGAAGGAGGGCCUGGUGGACUAUUACAGUCACAUCUACGAUGGGCCUUGGGACUCCUACCCCGACGUGCUGGCGAUGCAGUUCAACUGGGACGGCUACUACAAGGAAGUGGGCUCGGCUUUCAUCGGCAGCAGCCCUGAGUUUGAGUUUGCUCUCUACUCCCUGUGCUUCAUUGCCAGGCCUGGCAAAGUGUGCCAGUUAAGCCUGGGUGGACAUCCCUUGGCUAUCCAGACCUAUCCUUGGGACAAUUCCACGUACGGAAAUGGCAAGAAGUACAUCGCCACAGCCUACGUGAUAUCUUCCACCCAAUAG